CAGAGCAACCCAGGCAAGCGCACAGUCACAUCAUAGCCGCGCGGACCCUAGACUUGCGCGCGUCUCAGACUGCACCAUUUCGCCCGGGGGAGGCGGCGGGGGGAGGAAUGCUGUGGAGCCGCCUGUGGAGACUCCUCGAAGCGCGCGGGAGGAGCUGACUGCUUAAGAAGGGAAGGAUCCCGCCAGCGCCCUUCUUCUCUGCGCCCUAGCCGACUUUCUAGCUCCAAACGAGUGGCAGAGGAUUCGGUCGUGUCCACGCCCCAUUUCUCUCUCCCCCCCCCCAUGCCGCAGUAGCCGGGUCCUUCCUCCACUCGCUCAGUCAGUGUAACAGCGUCUCCUGGACUGAGGUAGAGUUUGCAGCGGGCUCGGCUUCUGUGGAGGCGACGGCGAAGGGGCCAUGGCGGCCACCGAGAUAGCGCGCCAGGUGGGCGAAGGCUGCCGUACUGUCCCUCUUUCUGGCCAUGUAGGAUUUGACAGCCUUCCUGACCAGCUGGUUAAUAAAUCGGUUAGCCAUGGUUUCUGUUUCAACAUCUUGUGUGUGGGAGAAACAGGACUUGGGAAAUCAACGUUGAUGGAUACCCUUUUCAAUACUAAGUUUGAAGGUGAGCCAGCCUCUCAUUCGCAGCCAGGAGUUCAGCUGAAAUCCAGUACUUACGAUCUCCAGGAAAGCAAUGUCCAUCUGAAAUUGACCAUUGUUAGCACAGUGGGCUUUGGAGAUCAGAUUAACAAAGAGGACAGCUAUAAAUCUAUUGUGGAAUUCAUUGAUGCCCAGUUUGAAUCUUACCUGCAAGAGGAACUGAAGAUCAGGCGGGUGCUACAUAACUACCAUGACUCCCGCAUCCAUGCCUGCUUGUACUUCAUUGCCCCCACAGGCCACUCUUUGAAAUCCCUGGAUUUGGUAACAAUGAAGAAGCUCGAUAGCAAGGUAAAUAUCAUUCCUAUUAUCGCCAAAUCCGACGCAAUUUCCAAAAGCGAGCUGACGAAAUUCAAGAUUAAGAUCACAAGUGAGCUUGUCAGCAACGGGGUGCAGAUCUAUCAGUUCCCUACAGACGACGAGUCCGUGGCAGAGAUAAACGGGACUAUGAAUGCCCACUUACCUUUUGCCGUGAUUGGCAGCACAGAAGAAAUCAAGAUAGGGAACAAAAUGAUGAAGGCCCGGCAGUAUCCCUGGGGGACGGUGCAGGUGGAAAACGAAGCGCACUGUGACUUUGUGAAGCUAAGAGAGAUGUUGAUCCGUGUCAACAUGGAGGAUCUCCGUGAACAGACACACACGCGCCAUUACGAGUUGUACCGGCGAUGUAAACUGGAGGAAAUGGGAUUUAAGGACACUGAUCCAGACAGCAAGCCAUUCAGUUUACAAGAAACCUAUGAGGCCAAAAGGAAUGAGUUCCUGGGAGAGCUGCAGAAAAAGGAGGAGGAAAUGCGGCAAAUGUUUGUGCAGAGAGUUAAGGAGAAAGAAGCGGAAUUGAAAGAGGCUGAAAAAGAGUUGCAUGAGAAAUUUGACCGGCUGAAGAAGCUGCACCAGGAUGAAAAGAAGAAAGUGGAGGACAAGAAGAAAUCCCUGGAUGAUGAAGUCAACGCAUUUAAGCAGAGGAAGACGGCAGCCGAAUUACUCCAGUCUCAGGCUCAGCAGGCAGGAGGCUCGCAAACUCUGAAAAGGGACAAGGAGAGGAAGAAUUAACCCUGCCGUUUGCUGCAUGGUGCAUGGGGGCACGUUGUGCUGUUCAGGUUUCCUGUAGAUCCUAUUCUUUUGCUCCAGAAACGACCGCCCCACAUUUUGAAUUAAUAUGCAGUGCAUUUCUGUGGCUACCUGCCCAUCUCCUCCCCAUUGCACACACACCCCUUUUUGCUUUUGUUUUGCUUUUUUCCUAAACACAAAAAAUAGGCUGUUUUGGUGAAGAACUCUUCGGCACUCACUUCUGUGGAGCUGAUAAGAAAGGCUCUGAGUGCUUUUCUUAGUCAGAAGCUUGCAGGACCAUGUCCUAAGACGUUCUUUGUCGGCACCUCAUUAAUGCAUUGAUGCGUGUUUGUGCAUGAUAGAGAAGCAUGUUCACUUACUACUUGUUCUGCAAUGCCUGAGCCCUGUUGCAGACUCUCUAAGAAAGGCAAAAUAAAUAAAUAAAUAAAUAGUUGUGUGCAAAAGAUUCCUUCUCCCACACCCCACCUUUUUAGCUGCAUUUUGACAGUUUGCAGAACUUGUCACAAAGGCCUAAUGAAAAAAAAAAGCCUCAGGGAUGUGACACCCCCCCCCAUCUGCACUAUACAUUUUAAUCAGUAUCUCAUGACUUUAAACGGGUUGACUGACGGAACCCAAAGAGUUCAUCAUCAUCCUGGAAAAAUGUGAUCCGCGGGGUGCUUCAAGGUUCUGUCCUGAGCCUGUUGUUCACAUCAAGAACUAGGCCAGGUAAAUAGACUGAUCCUAUAAGCACGUCAAAGUGCAAGAAGAUAAAUAGGUACCACUACAGUGGGAAGGUAAACGGUGUUUCCGUGUGCUGCUCUGGUUCGCCAGAAGCGGCUUAGUCAUGCUGGCCACAUGACCCGGAAGCUGUGAGAUGAGUGCCGCAACCCCAGGGUCGGUCACGACUGGACCUUAUGUUCAGGGGUCCCUUUACCUUUACCUUUACCUUUAUAACAUGUUUAUACUAAGACGUCCUGCUGAAUUCAGUGGAACUCAGCUUCUUAGUAAGUAUGGUUUGGAUAGAAUUAUUUUAUCUGAACAGAAUUCCCACAACUUUCUCUCUAGGGACAUGGGAGGCCCUUUAUACGAAGUCAGGCCAUAUCCUAAACCUGUUCACUGGCAACCCUGUCAUUUCAGUAAAGCUUGCUUCAAAUCUGGAAUUGCAGGACUAUCCCCUUAAAUCUGAUUAAAUUUAAGUACUGUAUUUCGCUUUGUAGAAAUGUGACUUCUUCUCAUGCUCUAUGAUUAGUUUGGAAAAUAGUAAGUAUUUUUCCUUCCCAAAAGUUGAAAAGAACCAUAUAUUCAAUUUUUUAAAAAUUAUCCUUUGUUUUUACUAAAAAUUAUUGAAAGUUUUAUUUUUAUAUUGGAAGGUUUUGUUUAGAAGUUUCACCCUUUGGGAAAAGGAAAUCUGAUUUGUUUUUUUCAGAGCCUGCAGUCUUUUACAUGUAUUUCACUUUAAUUUGGUGGGGAGAGUUACAUUUUUCAAGUGAGAGUUCAAAGGGUUCAGAUAAUGAUGAAAUAUAGUAAGAAAAUCUGUCUAGUUUAAAGAAAUAUAAUAUGAGCUAAUGAAGCAGAAAAAUAUAGCAUAAGAAUACUGAGGAAAAAUUAUGGUCUGGCUUAACAUUCAUUCUCCCCCGCCCCUUCCCCAAUCCUUGAAAGCAUAGUUCUAUAUGGAAUAGAGGUAUUUGGAGGGGAAAGCAAUUUUGGAUUAGGUGGUAUGCAACUGAUGUAAGUUGAUAGUGUAGAUGUGACUUUAUAUGUGUCACCUUCAACACCAAAAAGAGCAGGUUGUCUUCCUUAAAUGCACAAGUGAGGAAGCUCUUAUGACAGCAUUUAAUCUCUGUUUUGGAUCUGCAACAGUCCCAGCUGCCUGAGCACCUGUUUCUAUUUGGUGGCAUCAGUUUCAGUUUCAGCAAUGGAAUCAGACUACUUGUGAGGGAGGGUGAGGUCCUUUAGCAGUAAAAUACACUUCUGUGCCUUAGCUUCUCCUUUAGGAAUAACCCCCCCCCCACACACACACACCUCGGGAUGCAAAAGUUGGCUAUCCCUGAGACAAACAGCUAAAAGAAGCUAUAAUCUGAUUACAGUGUUUCGGUGUAGACUCCCCUUCCCCUGGAAACUUGCAUGCACGACCCCAUUAUCCUUAAUUGGAUUUCUAGACAAACAUGUACACUUAGAAUCAGAGUAUUAGCCUAGGAUUACAAAGUACUUAUUUAGAAGUGAAAUCUUUGCACUGAAAUCUUGAGGUCCCCUUAAAUGUAACAAAAUGUCUAUCUUUGUGUAGCUUUGUCACAGUCUAUAUUUUUUAUGGAAAACUUUUUUUAAAAAAGAAUAAACUUCUUCCGUACAAUAAUUCUGGUUAAUACUUUUUUUUUGUUUUUUGUUCUUUUGCCCUUCUUUUACAGUAACCCAUGGCUGUGUACUGAGUAAUUUCCCUUGAGUACAUGGGGCUGGAAUUGGACCUUCACUUAUUUAAUACACUUCCGUUCAGUUAUGGUCUUCUCAUGAUACUUCCACCAAUGUGUUAAUCUAGAUGCAUAUUCUACAUUAAUCAGUAUCUGAUUUAUUUUUAUUUUAUUUUUGACUGUAUAAUGGUGUGUGUUUGUAUACCAUGUAAAGUAACACUAGAGUUUGAAGACGAUGUGGAAUUUUUAGGAUACCAAUCUUGUUGUUAAGCCCCCACCCCAAAGGUACUAGCCUAUUAAAAACACAUUUUUACUAGCAUGUUGGAGGCUAGUUUCCAUCCUCUGGCAGCUGGCUUCGCCUCUUUGCUGAGGGAAGAGUAUACUACCUUUCUUUGUCAGGCCACCCACUCAUCUGCUUGCAGUUUCUUAUCACCUGUGGCUAGCAGGCUAGUGCUUUAUUGCACUCCAGGCUCAGUAAUACAGCAGUGGUGGAUUCCCUAUGCACAAUUGUCUUCUAACUCGCUUGUGCUCAUAGUCAUGUAGGGCAGGGAUGGAGAACCUGGGCAGCCUCCAGAUGUUGCUGGACUCCCAUUCCCAUCAGCCCAGCCAUAACGGCCAAUGGUUAGGAAUGAUGGGAGCUGCAGUUCAACAACCUCUGGUGGACCACAGUUUUCACAUGCCUAAUGAAAAGAGAACUUGCAGGUGGGGACCACAAGAACUACCUACUCCCACUUGAACCCACCUAUUAAGAUUAUCUUCUGAAGCCCUUCUUUGCACCCCACCAUCAAAGGUUAGCCAAAGGGUAGGGCCUUUCUGAUUGUGGCUCUUUUCUCAACCCCAGUAUUUGGAAUCCUGUCUACAGGGAGGGUGCACAUGGUGCUGAAUCUCAAUGUCUUUUCAGUACCAGGUUGUACCCUUCCUUAUUUGCUCAGGCUAGUAAGUCUGAGUCAGAGAAAGGCUGUGCCAAUCACCUUCCAAGCUAGAUAUACUAGGAGCUGAACCUGGGACCUUUUGCAUUAAAAGCCUGUGCUCUACCAUGGAACCUGUAUGGCUUUCCCCUAACGUCUCCCUAUUGUGCCCUUAUCUGCCAGCAGUACAAGGCAGGAAAAUUCAUAGCAGUGUGAUGUCACACAGGGCAACUUUUUUGCUGCAAGAGAUGAAAAACUCCAACAUAGGACUACUGUCCCUGUUGGUAGUUCUUUUUCUCUCUCUCAUUACAAAUAGAUCCAUUCUAGCAUAUGCUGGGAUUGAAGGAAUGCCUCUGGCUUUUCUGGGUCCAAGAAGUAGCACCAGUGCUGUAGAAUUACUGCAACCCCACAAUUGUGUGAAGGGAUUCCAGCAUCUCCCCUGCAAAAGUAUACUGUCCUUGAUUCCACUGAAAUUAGAAAUUAGCUUAAGAUAUCUGAAGCAAGGCUUUCCCCAAGCUUCCCCAAACAUGAUCCCUGAAACUCCGCAUUCUGCACAAAUGUUUGUAACAGACCUGCUGGAAUGUGUCUUACUGUUUUUCCUUGCUGACCAUGUCAGAAAACACUCAGAAGCCUCCUGAGUGUGCUUCUUUCCAAAGGUGAGGAAACCAAAGCAAUAGAAGUCAUGCCCAAGGCAUUGUGGGAACUGGAGUUUGAAGAAGAGGGAAGGGACAAUAUCCUGCAUCUGUCAGAAAUUGCCUUUUGUUUAAAGGCAGCAUUGUCCAUCAAACCAGAGGCCUUUGCAUCCUGUGAUCAUCCAAGCUUUGACCUGCUAGCCUUGGCUCACCCCCAAAGUCUGCCAUUGUGAACCUCGUUUGUCCUUGCCUUUGUAUGCAUGGAUCAAGGCCCUUGUUAUGCCACACUAUGCUUAUUUAACGCAUUACACCUCAGCUGGACCUUGUCCUGUUGUCAAUAUUUUGCAAAGGCCCUGUUUGUAAAUGUCUGGAUCCAGCAAGUGACCCCCUAUGUUCUUAACAAAAGUCCUUAGGAUGUAGUACCUUCCAAAUGUUUUUGACUCCAGCUUCCAUCAUCCCUGAUCAUUGGCUGUGCUGGCUGGAGCUGAUGGGGGUUGUGGUCCAAAGCAUCUGGAAGGUACAAGGUUUGCUACCCCCAUAUUAGUCAAGUGUGUCGCCAGACCCCGUGCCCUGCCUUACUGUGGGACUUGAGCCCCAAUUCAUGCAUUUGCCAGGGGCCAGCUCUGAACUAAUGUGGUGAUUGGGUGGCGCCAGAGCUCCUCCAUUGCACCAAUGGAGGAGAGUAUUCCAUGCAAAUUGGAGCUGGUUGUGCAGACAGCCCUUAUGCCAAUACCCUUUUUCCGGGGGUUAAGAAAAGCCCCAUAAAGAGCAUCUGUGAUCACCUGUACAUGUGAAUGUCAUGAUUCAUAUGAGAAGUCUUCUGAAUGGUGGAGGAGCCUGUCCCAUUUCUUCAACAUGCUAUUUUAGGGUCUACUGUUGGUGAAUGUGUAAAGAGAAAGGGGAAAAGCAAAUGCUAAAGGGCCUGCUAAAUUAAUAUAUAUAUAUAUAUAUAUAUAUCCUUUAACCUUUCCAUCUGGCAAACAAAAUAGUAGUUCUUUGGUCUGUUGUUUUAAUUACUUUUGAUUUCUCCUAACAAAAAUACAGUGCUGGUUUUUGACUGGUGGGUUGUUUGUUUCAGGACAACACCACUAACUUCAGUUAAAGUUUGGAGUGGGGAGAACAGUUAAACAUUGUGUAUAUACAGUAAUGGUAUCGUUGUUAUAUGUGUCAAUAUUUUGGGGGACAUUUAGCUGGUGCCGCCACUUGGAAAAACAGGUAAGGUAUAACCUGAUGUGGUUAGCUUAUUGAGAUGUGAUCCUCAACUGCAGUGUACUCAGAUACACAAGUGUGUUGCUCACAUACAGCUAUAUAUUUACAGGGCAGGCACCUAGCAAGAUUAGAAGUUCCACAAGAUUUUGAACAAUAAGCAUUUUAGAGAAGUUCUGUAUGGAUGCGCAGAUGACCUCUUAGAAUAUCAAUUAAUAUUUGAAAGAAGGUUCUUCAUUGGCCAAUCACAGGAGUUGCAAAGUCACCAUUAUUACACUUAGGCCAGUUGUGGAAAUACGUUUAAUAUUCUUCAAAUUUGUUAGAUUUAAAUGCAACAGAAGGGUGCAACUCUUAACAAAAGACCCAGAUUAUGAUAUGGUGAGGCCUCUUUCUGGUGGUUCAGAUGGAUGGAAGGGUUGAAAUCAAGAGCACACUCUUAUCGGCAUGGUUAGGUUAAACAAAACAAAAAAUGAUUCUGCAGCUGCAAGUGGCUGUCUUGAGAAGUGAUGCAACCCCCACGGUCAGGGUUGAAGGUAGGCCGAACCUGAUCCAUGGGUCGCAACCAAGGUUAGGAAGGAUUCCAGAUAUUUAUUGUUGAACUUCAACUUCUAUUUUUAUUUUUACUAUUAGCCAUGCUGAUAGUUGUAGUCCCACAUAAUCUUGAAGGCCACAGGUUCCUCUUCCCUGCUGUAGGAGGGUGCUCUUUUGCUGCUCCCCCAAAACAAGCAAGGGCUAUGUCCAUUGAUUUUAAUUACGGUACAUAUUGAUCUCUUCUUCCAAAACAGCUCAAAGCAACCAGUAUUCAUUUUACCCUCAUGACAGCCUUGUGAGGUAGGUCAGGCAACCACAGAAGCCAGGUAUCCAUUCAGAAUGGAGAUGUCAUGGUGUGGGAGAAGUUUGCAAUUUCUUCCUCCAUGAAUCAAUCCAUGUUCAAGUGCAGGGUGCCACUGACUGUGGCAGCGUGAGAAAGUGACAAAGAAACAGUGGAGCACUCUUGGCUUUAUGUCCCUGCUUGUAGGCUUCACCUCAGAGGCAUCGGGUUGGUGCCUCUUGGGAAAAGAAAGUCGCAUCCUUAGCCAACAGGACUGCUGUUGUGCUGUUUCUUAACCAUCCUCCAAAUGUUUGUACUGCACUGAAAAGCAAACCCUCUCUUUCCAUAUAUACUUUAUUGUGCUUCCAUGCAUUUUGUUAAAAGUGUGUUUACAGUCUAACUCUACUAUAAGGUGUAUCAUGCAUUGUGUCCAAAUAUUUAACAUGCUUGAACUCUUCUGAUGCAUCAAUGCUGCUCUGUUUGGGGCCCCAAUGGUAGCAUGAGCAUUGAUCCAUUCAUCUGUUGUCUUGCUCUCUCUGUCAAUUUAAUUGUGUGGGGGAUCUGUUUUUUUCUGCUUGUUCUUUGAAUGCUUCUUCCACCCCUCCUUGCAUUUAAUUGAUGAUCUGUGUUUUUUUUCUUCCCCCCUCCCCGCCUCUCUCUUGCUUUCUUUCUCUAGCUUUUUCUGAUCUAUCUCCACCCGCUGCUCUAUGUCUGAUGGAGAAGAUUUCCACUUGAGGAAGAGUUUAGGAAUUCCCAUCCUGCUUGGGAGGGGGAGGAAUGAAUAAGUCUUUGGAUAUCUGGAAAGACUUGGUUUUGUUUUCCCAUUUUUUUCUGAUGUGCAUGGGGUGUGUUUAAAGCUGAGGUGUUUUGUGGUUUUCACUGCAAGACAGGGAGAAUAUUGGAAAGGCAAACAUCUGUGUAUCAGUUAAAAGCUUUGAGGAGCAACCUUAAGGUGGCAGGCAAAUUAUUGAUGUAGCCAAGUGACACUGAGACAGAUUUUUUCUUUCUUUCUAUUUUGCCUCAAUAUAAAUAUGAUGGGUGGUUUAUAACUAUCUGUGAAAAAAUGUGCUAAUUCGUUGGUUUGCUUGGAUUAAAAACUAAACAAAAACUUAAAAAUACAAGUUUUAUGCAAUGAACAGCAAACAGAGAAACACGCGACUUUGCUACCUCUUGAGGAAUAUUUAAUUUUAACACUGAAGCAAAGGACAGUGCGGGAGGGGUUGGGGGGAAGUAUAUUUUUCAUUGGGGUCAUAGAUAACCUCUGCCAUUUCGGGAAAAAAUAAUAAUCAGGUUGAUUGAGUAAUAUUUCUCAUUUAACUUUUUUUUUUAUUAAAUAAAAAAGGUCCACUAAAGUUUCCACAGACCCUAGCGGCUGAGGAAGGACUGUGAGCCAGAAAGCACACCAUUUAUACAUUUUCACUACAAGGAUAGCCUUAAGCAAACUACUUAUUCUUCCAGCCUCAGCUGUCCACCCUCCUCUAGUCAGAAUAAUCAAGCUGGCCCACCUUGCAGUCAUGUUGUAAGGAUUACCACGGUAAAAUAUGUGAAGUGCUUUCUGCACACUGAGGGAGGGGGAAGCAUUUUAGUAAAGACUUAAGUAUUAUUAACCAUUAUUAAUUUAAUCCCCGUAGUUCAGUCCUUCCCAGAUGUCUUCUGGGUUACAAACUGACUUUUCUAUUGUUGAUAUCAAGGUUGUGGAGAAAUUUGUCUGUAAUUGGUCAUCUGUUUCUUUAAAAGUUAUCAUGCAAGUCAAGUGUUAACUACCCUUAAUAAUGCAUUUUCCGAGCACUCUUGGAGCUUUUCUGGAACGUUCACUGCAUGGUGGUCUGUUUCCCAGUACCUUGUUUCCUUGUCUUUUCUCUUUUUUUAUUUUUGGUCUCUCUACAAACAAGAAUUGUGAUUUGACAGCUGCACUCAGUAUCUAUUUACAUGACCCACACGAAAGAACCAGCACUGUUGAGCUUGAUACCUUUCUAAUGUUGUCAAUUUUCAAUAAAAAGUAACCCUCCCAAAAAAAGAAACAUUUUUUCUUUGGUAAUUAUUUCUGGAAUCCAUCGAAUAAAUUGUGUUCACUGAGCUACAAAGUUUAAUUUUAUAUCAUUAUUUGGUAGUUUUUGAUGCACACAUGGAUUAUAUCACAUGUGAGAUCAGUCUACAUUGUAUUUGUAUGCCAAAUGUUAUUGGGACUAAAACAGCAAAUAGUUUGUUGUUUUAAAAGACUUGCAAAUGUAUUGUGGCUUAUUGUCAAAGAUGGAGAAGCUGUGGCCCUUCAGAUGUUCAGAUGUUGCUGGAUGAAGACUGUUCGCAUCCCUCACCAUUGGCUAUGUCAAGCAGGGACUCAUCUCAGUUGCAGUGCAACAGCAUCUGAAGGGUUCUCCAGGUACCCUUGGUAUAAUGUUUUGUGAAUUCUAGUUCAUUUCAGCAGAUUUAGUCCAUGAAAACAUGUUCCAUAAUAUAGUGGCACUUCGGUUUUCAAACGUAAUCUGUUCCAGAAGACCGUUCAAGUUCUGAA